UGUGUUUGUAUGUAUGUAUGUAUGUAUACCGCUACGCCAUCGUAUGAUGCGAAGCAUGCGUCAAAUGCUUGGUAAAAAAACGCGGGUUUUUGACACGUAUUAUUAUAAACAUAUUAUAUUAUUUUGUUAUAUUUUACCAAUUUUGUUUUUGUUUAAAUAAUUAUUCUAUGCAAAAGUGUGAAAUGAUUUCCAAUUGUCAAUCAUUCACCGAUCUAAAUCUUAAUUCGUGGAUCAUUAGUCAAUGCAAUUCUAUGGGAUUGAAGAAACCAACGCCAAUUCAGCAACAAUGUAUUCCGCGUAUACUUGCUGGCGAUAAUUGUAUAGGAUGUGCUAAGACAGGAAGUGGUAAAACACUUGCUUUUGCACUUCCUAUAUUACAAAAAUUAUGUGAAGAUCCUUAUGGCAUUUUUGCUCUCAUAUUAACACCUACAAGAGAACUUGCAUUUCAAAUAGCUGAUCAGUUUGCUGCUAUUGGAAAAUCAAUCAAUUUGAAAAAAUGUGUAAUUGUCGGAGGAAUGGAUAUGAUGGUACAAGGUUUAGAAUUAGCAAAAAAGCCACAUGUAGUUGUAGCAACUCCUGGACGAUUAGCGGAUCAUAUAGAAAGUUGUAAUACAUUUUCCUUAGAAAAAAUUAAGUUCUUAGUAUUGGAUGAAGCUGACAGGUUACUAGGUGGAUCUUUUGAUGAACAACUAAAAAUUAUACUUCCAACUUUAUCUAAACAAAAACAAGUUUUGUUAUUUAGUGCUACGAUAACGGAUGCUCUUGAUAAAGCAAAACAUCUUGCCCCUGGGAAGAUAUUUAUGUGGGAAGCAAAAGAUGAAUCUGGUAUUGCUACAGUGAAAGAACUUGAUCAACGUUAUGUUUUAUGCCCCAAAGAUGCUAUUGAUUCUUUUCUUGUAGAAGUUGUAAGAACAUUUCGCAUAACAAAUGAGACUGGAUCCAUUAUGAUAUUUACAGAUACUUGCAAGAAUUGUCAAUUGUUAUCCAUGACAUUGAAUGAAGUAGGAUUUAUAAAUGUUGCACUCCAUGCAAUGAUAAAACAGAAAGAACGUUUAGCAGCUCUUAAUAAAUUUAAGUCAAAUCACAUAAAAAUUUUGAUAGCAACUGACGUCGCGGCAAGAGGUUUAGAUAUAACUGGCGUAGAAUUAGUAAUUAAUCAUACGAUACCAAACGUACCAAAAGAGUAUAUUCAUAGAGUCGGUAGAACAGCAAGAGCAGGUAAAGGUGGUAUGGCAAUUAGUCUGAUAACACCAUAUGAUAUAAAAUUAUUACAUGCGAUUGAAGAUAUUAUUGGAACAAAAUUAAUUGAAUACAAGAUAAAUGAUGAAGAAGUUGUCACAAUCUUAACCCAGGUAUCCGUAGCAAAAAGAGAAGCAGAAAUAAAAUUAGAUGAAGCUGAUUUUUUUGAGAAGAAAAUAAUUAAUAAGAGAAAAAAGUUACUCUUAGAAGGGAAAGACCCAGACGAAAUUGAUUUAAUUUUACAAGAACAUAAAAAACGUCGAAAACUCCAAAAAAGAAAAAAAGAAAUAUCGCAUAAUGAAAACAGAUAAUACUGAUUGAAUUAUACAUUUCUAAUGAUGUAAAUAAAUUUACCUUUAUGAUGUA